AUGGCCUCCAACGGUACCAACGGUGCUGCAACUGCCUACCAUGCUGCUUCCACCCAGGAAGCAAUCCAGGCUGAGCACGACUUUGCUGCCCACAAUUACCACCCUCUCCCCGUUGUCUUUGCUCGUGCUGCAGGCACUUCCGUGUGGGAUCCAGAGGGCCGCCACUACCUGGACUUUCUCUCCGCAUACUCAGCGGUGAACCAGGGCCACUGCCACCCCAAACUUGUCGCUGCGCUCGUCGAGCAGGCCUCUCGUUUGACCCUUAGCUCUCGGGCUUUCUAUAACGAUGUCUUUCCCAAAUUCGCUGAGAUCGUCACCAAGUUCUUUGGUUUCGACAUGGUCCUCCCCAUGAACACUGGUGCGGAGGCGGUCGAGACUGGAAUCAAGAUCGCCCGAAAGUGGGGUUACAAGGUCAAAGGGAUUCCGGAGAACGAGGCCAUCAUUUUGAGUGCGGAGAACAACUUUCACGGGCGAACACUCGUCGCAAUCUCUUUGUCGUCGGACCCCGAGUCGCGAGAGAACUAUGGCCCGUUCGUCCCCAACAUUGGCUGCACAAUCCCCGGAACGGACAAGCCAAUCAAGUAUAAUGACAAGGCUGCUCUGCGCGAGGCCUUUGAAAAGGCGGGCCCCAACCUCGCUGCCUUCCUGGUCGAGCCCAUCCAGGGCGAGGCGGGAAUUGUUGUCCCAGACGAUGAUUACCUCCAAGAGGCCAGAGCUCUGUGUGACAAGCACAAUGUGCUGCUGAUCUGCGAUGAGAUCCAGACCGGUAUCGCCCGCACAGGAAAGCUGCUCUGCCACGAAUGGAGCGGAAUCAAGCCGGACAUGGUUCUCCUCGGCAAGGCCAUCUCAGGCGGCAUGUACCCCGUGUCUUGCGUCUUGGCCAACAAGGAGGUUAUGCUCACGAUCGAGCCUGGAACCCACGGCUCGACAUACGGAGGUAACCCUCUUGCUUGCGCCGUGGCCAUCCGUGCUUUGGAAGUUGUCAAGGAGGAGAACAUGGUCGAACGCGCAGAGAAGCUCGGACACGUCUUCCGCCAGGGCCUCGAGGCUAUCCAGAACCCUAUCAUCCAGACCGUUCGCGGCAAGGGUCUGCUCAACGCGAUUGUCAUUGACGAGUCCAAGACCAACGGACACAGCGCGUGGGAUCUCUGCAUGCUGAUGAAGGAAAAGGGUCUUUUGGCCAAACCCACCCAUCAAAACAUCAUUCGUCUCGCCCCUCCUCUUGUCAUCACAGAGGAAGAAAUCGCGGCCGCCCUUGAUAUCAUCAAGGCUGCAGUGGAUGAGCUCCCGAACCUCAAGGGCGCCGCUGAGGACAAAGUGAUUCCUCCUCCCGAGAAGAACGUCAAGAUCAACCUGGAGAACUAG